UUCUGUUUACAAAUUGUGUAUUGUUUCUAACAGUAACCAAUUUUCAGUUGUACAGCUUUUCUUGAUGUUUACAAGAAAAAACUGAAUCGUUUUCAUGCACAAUAGCAAUUAUUUUGUUUAUUUUUUAUCGUUUUAUGUCUAUCCUUUUUGAUGUCUACAGAAAGGAAAGAAAAAUCUCUGUGGGACAUUGCUGUUAAUAAAAGACAAGAGAUUGAAAUAAAAAAUAAUGGGGAAAGUAUUGAAGGGAAAAAUAAUCAUUUCUCUGAAGAACUAAGUAUUUUGAUCUUGGGCAGUAAAGGAUCAGGGAAAUCGACCAUUGUUCUAAGAUUUUUAGACAAAGAUGAGAAUCCCAAACCAACCGUUGCACUUGAUUAUACCUUUGGAAGGAGAGCUAAAAGUCAUAACAUGCAAAGAGAUAUUGGUCAUAUUUGGGAGCUUGGCGGCGGGACAUUUCUCUCAAAUCUAAUUGAAGUACCACUAAAGGAAGAAACAAUUUGCACGUCGUCUGUCCUUAUUGUUGUUGAUUUAUCGAAACCUAACGAACUUUGGCUGACAUUAGAAGUUCUUUUGAAAUCAACCAGAUCUGCUAUUGAUAAAUUGCUUUCUGAAAUAAAAAAUAAAAAUCCCAGUUUAGCAAAUGAAAUCCAAGAAAAAGCCUGGAAACGAUUUGGGGAUAAUCAUGUUGACAAAUCGUUUUUAGAUCCUUUUCCAAUACCCCUUGGCAUUGUUGGCACAAAAUACGAUAUUUUUCAGGAUUUUGAUCCUGAAAAAAGAAAGAUGAUUAGUCGAACGCUUCGUUUCAUUGCGCACUCUAACGGUGCUCAUCUUCAGUAUUUCAGUUCAAAAGCUGAAGGUUUGAUUACACGAACUCGGGCGUUGUUCGGAGGUUUACUAUUUCGUACUCAAACAAGCAAAGCUAUAUCGAUCGACCAUAAUAAGCCUAUAAUCGUACCUGCUGGUCAAGACAAUUUUGCACAAAUCGGUCCCCCACCUAUCACUAAUGAGGAAUUGAGCAAGUUAACUGGAAAGCGUCCAUAUGACUUGUGGAAGGCAGCAUUUGCUACAGUUUUCCCAGAGGAAAAUUAUAAAGACAAAUUAAAGAAUGACGAUAUUACCCACAAUGCACAGUAUGCUGAAUUAGCAGUCGACGCCGUUCGUGCUCAAAAGGAUGAGGAUAUGGAACGUUUAAAGAGGCAAGAAGAAAAAAAGAACAAAACGUUUCUUCGCGGUGGAAAACGUGCAUAAUAUAUGAAAACAUGUUAUAUAACUUGCAAUUAUUUUAUAAGUAAAUCAAAGUACAAUAUAAUAAUAGAUUGUUAUUGCAUAGAACAAUAUUAAUGUGGUUGUUUUUAGUUUUUGAUUGCUAAAUAUUGAGAUGUGCAAAAGCAUUGUCUAGUUUCUAUCAAUAAAGAAAAUAUUUAUGACUAUUAAGUGAACACAUGUCACUAAUUGUUUUGUAUAAAGUGCCUGGAUGGUGCAUUAUAUUUGCGCAUCUCAAUAUUUAUAAGUUUUAUUUAGUUAAUAACUGGCAAGAAAUGCUUGCAAUGACGUUGUUCAUCAUCAAUUGUUAAUAAUAUAAACGUGUUCAGUUUUAUUUGGUAUAAAAAAAAUGGUUUAACUUCUAAA